AUGGUCUACUUCCCUGGCACCGAAUAUCGUUCUCAUACCAGUUGCAUGAGCGAAGCCCAAAAGUACCAAGGCGCCCUCUACAAGGAGAAGAACAACAACAACAAUAAGAAGCAGAACAAUAGAAACAACAUCCAGCCGCAAAACGUACCCCUUCCCGACGACAACAUGGCUCAUGUAGCAUACGUUGAGGACGUCCCCGAGGACGUCUUCGAAACCUACGAAUACCAGGGCGGCGGCAGCGACGACGGUGCCUCCCCGGCCAACCUGCCCGAAGCACCUACACCUCCCUCCGCCCCCAAUGUCUUUGACUUCCUCGAAGCAGCAACACCCACUGCCUCAACGCUCCAGCUCGGCCAGAAGGAAGUCAACGAAGAGACACAACUGGUUCGCUAUGAAGCGAGCACCUUCCUGGACGAGGACGGCGCCAUGGUCGACGAGGACCCCCAGGCCAUGGUCCAAUACGGCGCCGGCUCCAUUCCCCUCGACCCUUACGAGACACCCGCCCCCAAGCACGAGAGGAGGAGGAAGGACGGCAGCGAGAAAAAGGACAAGAAGCGCAAGCGUCUUCACGUCGACACUGACCAGAUGAUGAUCGACGCCCCGCCCCAGCUCCAGCACUCCGGCCUCACCGGCGGCAUCAAGACCAUGAUGCGUCCCGUCUUCCCCCCGUCGCCCGACUUCUCCGGCGGCGACGCCGACCCGUCCCCUCUCAGCCCGCUGAAGAAGACGAAGCACUCCAAGCACAAGAAGUCCUCCGAGGGAGGCAUCGGCAACAACAUCCUCGGCCUCCUCAACAUGAACACCAGCAGCAAGACCAAGGCCAAGAAGCGCAAAGUCUCGUCCUCCUCCAAGAAGCACUCCUCGCACCGCCACCGCGACGGCGAGAAGGCCCCCAAGCUCAUCGAGUACCGCCCCGGCUCCCGCGAUAGCAAGAAGGAUGGCGACGGCGACGACAACCAGAUGGUCGUCUUCCGCCCCCGCGCCGACGUCUUCCUGUCUCUCGUCAACAAGGGCCCCGAGAGCGAGCGCGGCUGCAGCAUGAACAAGGCCCUGAAGCGCUUCCACCGCGAGCGCUCCUCCUCCGGUGACAGCCUCAGCAAGCUGAUGGAGGAGAAGGAGCUGUGGCGCUCUCUGCGCAUGAGGCGCAACGAGCGUGGAGAGAUUGUACUCUUCACUGCCUGA